CCUCCUUCCCGCAUCCUGGCGGGAUGGCUCCCCCUCUGCCAGUUAGCCCCCUUCUCACCUCCGGCGUUCAGAACCCCGGUGCUGGCCAACUCUCUCCACUCCGAGUCUCCCAGGAGCGAGAGCGUGAGUUGCCCGCUAGGGAGGGGUCGCAUCUACCUCGUGCGUAAACAGGCGGUGCUGAGGCGUGUGCGCACCUCCCCCACAGUCCCCAGCGUCGCCCAGGGGCGGGGAUAGGUGGGCACCAAGGCAGGAAGCUGGAGAGCCAUGCGGGUGGCGGAGUGGGCGGUGCAGAGCAGCAGGUCCUCCUGCCGCCUCUGCUCCUCCACUCUCCGCACGCACUCGCAGGUUCCGCGCUUCCCCUGCCAGCGAACCAAGCAUCCUCCAUCCCAACCCUCCUGCAAGGCCGCGCCGGAGACCCUACGACUCAGGGCUGCUGAUCCAGAAACCCCGACGCUCCCUCGGCCAGGAAAGCCCUGAUGCGCAGUUAUAGCGAGACUGGGGCGACUUGAUUUUCUCACCCACGGAGCUGCCAUUCUCCAGUCUCUCAAAACCAGACGUCACGUUGGGAAAGCUGCUGGACUUAAUCUUUAAAAUAAUCCCCCAGACGGGGUGGCUGGCAGCGUCUGGCCCCGUGGCCCGGGAGAGUUGGCCUUGGCUGACAGCGACCCGGUUCGUCUCGGAAGAGAGGGAGGGAGCGCAGAGCUGGGAACAUCCUACAGAGGAGAUGCCCCUAGAAAACUACCCGGAGCAGCGGUAGAAACAGUUUUGUGCUGCUCUGUUUUGUUUAUGUAUUGAUUUUUUGGUGUGUGAAAUGCUGUUUUGGUUAAAAGAAGAAAUGGCCCCCCAAGAGCUCACCCGACGACUGACCACCGUGACCACUCAUAUCGAUGAAAUUAUGCAGCAGGAGAUCAGGCCCUUGUUGGCAGUGGAUAUAAUUGAACCACUUCACAGACAGUUUGCCAUUCUUUCAGGAGGUCGAGGGAAAGACGGUGCCCCGAUCAUCACUCUUCCCGAGUUUGUGGGGUUCAGACACAUCCCGGAUGAGGACUUUCUGAAUGUCGUGACCUACCUGACCAGCAUCCCCAGGUGUCUUCCUUGUGGCCUUGCGGCAGGAAGCAUUUUUGUGGGAGGAAGACGGAUCCUCUGUAAUGAGGAUGUAGAUCCCAGCACACACAGUCUCAGGGAUGAGUUGUCUGCUCUGCCCCACACUGAAGGCGGCGUGUUGCAAUCUCCUGUUGUGGAGGCUGCCGGCAUUGGAUUUGUCAUUGUCAUCGACAGACGAAGGGACAAGUGGAGCUCCAUAAAAGCGUCCUUAACACGAAUAGCUGUAGCGUUUCCGGGAAACUUGCAGCUCAUAUUCAUCCUUCGUCCCUCCCGCUUCAUCCAGAGGACACUCACUGACAUUGGCAUUAAAUACUAUCGAGAUGAGUUUAAAAUGAAAGUACCGAUUGUCCUAUUAAGUUCCAUCUCUGACCUCCAAGGCUACAUUGACAAAAGCCAACUGACAGAGGACUUAGGGGGGACUUUGGACUAUCGCCACAGUCAAUGGAUAAACCAUCGAACUGCCAUAGAAAACUUUGCCUUGACAUUGAAAACCACUGCCCAGAUGCUUCAGACGUUUGGGGCCCACCUGGCUGCAGUGGAGCUUCCUAGAGACGUGCCCUCCACUCAGGAGCUUCUUCAGUCCCACACAAGGCGGCGUGACGGGCUGCAGAAUGAGCUGAAGUUACUUGGAGAGCAAGGGACCACAUUGCUGUCAUGUAUUCAAGAACCAGCGACCAAAAGUCCCAGCGGCAAACUCAGUCCCAAUGAACUUGAGAAUGUAGCUACCAUGGAAAGGUUACUAGUUCAAUUGGAUGAAACAGAAAAAGCCUUUACACAGUUUUGGUCUGAGCAUCACCUGAAGCUUAAUCAAUGCCUACAGCUCCAGCACUUUGAGCACAGUUUUUGUGAGGUUAAGCUUGCCCUGGACAACUUACUGGCAGAGCAAGCAGAAUUUACAGACAUCGGAGACAGCGUGAUGCGUGUGGAUCAACUUCUUAAGGAGCACAAAAAACUGAGCGAAAAAGCCCAGGAGCCCUUGGAAAAAGCCCAGCUGCUCGCUGUCAUUGGGGACCAGCACAUCCAAAGCGACCACUACGCAGCAGACUCCAUCAGGCCCAAGUGUGCGGAGCUCAGGCACCUCUGCGCUGACUGCAUCAAUGAGAGCAAGAGAAAAUACGACCUUUUAGGAAAGUCCUUGGAGUUACACAGACAGCUGGACAAGGUCAGCCAGUGGUGUGAAGCGGGAAUCUACCUCUUGGCUUCCCAAGCUGUAGACAAGUGCCAGUCUCGAGAAGGUGUUGACGUUUCCUUGAACGACAUUCAGGCAUUCCUGGGCACGGCGAAGGAGUACCAGUUGCCCAGCCCCAAGGAGUUUUACCACCAGUUUGAGUUGAUACUCACCCCUGACGUAGAGGCCAGAGCCCAGAAAGUCCUGCAGAAGCUGGGCGACGUACAGGAAAUAUUUCACAAGAGGCAGAUGAGUCUGAUGAAACUGGCUGCCAGACAGACUCGCCCUGUGCAACCUGUGGCCCCCCAUCCUGAGUCUUCCCCAAAAUGGGUGUCACCAAAAACCAGCCAGCCCUCUGUCUUGGCUUCUCUUCAGAAAACAUCUGAGCAACCCUACGCAGAGACAGAUUGGAACUCCCUGGAAAAGGAAGCUGACGAGACUAAAUUUGAAGGCAAGAAUGAAGAAACGCUGAAAGGCAGCCUCGGUGGGGAGAAGCCUGAGCUGGAGCAACCUGGGGGCCCUGAAAACCUCUCCCCCAGCAGGCACAUUAUACGUGACUUGCUUGAGACUGAAGAGGCUUAUAUAAAAGACAUGAAGAGCAUAAUUGAUGGUUAUAUCACUCCAAUGGAUUUUAUUUGGCUGAAGCAUCUGAUUCCAGACAUUCUUCAGAAUAACAAGGAUUUUCUCUUUGGGAAUAUUAGAGAACUUUACGAAUUUCACAACAGGACUUUUCUGAAAGAAUUGGAAAAGUGCACUGAAAAUCCUGAACUUCUAGCCCCUUGCUUCCUCAAGAGAAAAGAAGAUCUUCAGGUCUAUUUUAAAUACCAUAAGAAUUUGCCCCGAGCUAGGGCAAUCUGGCAAGAAUGUCAAGACUGUGCCUACUUUGGGGUAUGUCAGCGCCAAUUGGAUCACAAUCUCCCUCUUUUUAAGUAUCUUGGAGGACCCAGCCAGAGACUCAUAAAAUACCAGAUGCUGUUGAAGGGUCUGCUGGAUCUGGAGUCUCCUGCGGAUUUGGAAGUAGACCCAGGUGACCUCGGAGGAGGUUCGACUAAGAAGGGGCCAAAGAGGACCGAGGAUUCUGCAUCCUUAGCUGAACUACACCAGGCUUUGGCUGUGGUGGAGGAUUUGAUCAAGUCCUGUGAACUGGCCGUGGACCUGGCCGCAGUCACUGGAUGUCCGGACGAUAUCAGAAAACUGGGCAGGCUGUUGAUGCACGGCUCCUUCAGCAUCUGGACAGUGCACAAGGAUGGCUACAAGAUGAAGGAUUUCAUGCGAUUCAAGCCCAGCCAGAGGCAAAUCUACCUGUUUGAAAGGGGACUAGUGUUCUGUAAGAUACGAAUGGAGCCCAGUGACCAGGGCCGCUCUCCUCGUUACAGCUUUAAGAAGUCUAUGAAGUUGACGACACUGUCAAUUCACCAGCUUGAAAGGGGGAGCAACAGAAAGUUUGAAAUUGCCAACCGAAACGGACUUGAGAAAUACAUCCUGCAGGCAGCCUCAAAAGAAAUCAGAGAUUGUUGGUUUUCGGAAAUAAGUAAAUUAUUGAUGGAGCAACAAAACAGUAAUAAAGAUGUUUACGAGGAUGAAGACAAUGGCAGACAAACCUCUCCCAAAUGCUGCUCCGGCACCACUUGUGUCUUUGUGGAGACGGACAGUUGCGAAGGGGCAGAGGAUGUGCAGAAGGAGCGCAGCGCUCCGGGUCUCCCGGGACUUUUCCAGUUGGACGACAGUUAUGAUGCCUGUCCCACCACGUCUGUUCUGGACACACGAGAAAGCAUCCAGGGAGAAAAAGAAGGCGAUGAUGAGAAGGACACGUGAGUGUGAACGAGGAAAGAAAACUACCACGUUGAGAAGACACCAAAGCAGCCCCGUGACGAGACCCACAUGCAAGAACUGAAGCCUCUUGCAAACAGCCAUGCGAAUGAGUCACGUUGGAAGUAAAUUCUGCAGCCCCAGCGAAGCCUUCAGGUGGCCUCUGCUCCAGCUGAUUUCUUGGUUGAAACCACAUGAGAGACUCAGAGCCAGAAGAACCCAGCUAAGAUGCUUAUGAACUCAUUACCAGAGGACCAUAGGAUAAUAAACGUUUGUUGUUUUAA